UGGCAAUUAAGAAUUUAAUUACUCCUAUUUGGGUAAAUAUGCCUUAAAAAUAUUGUAAUUUCCUCUACACCUCAACUCUCACCUAGCAGCACAAGAAUCCUGGUCGCUCGGAGCUUGCUCCACCUCACCAAACGCCAGCGGCAAGUCCAGGCUGGUGUGAAUAUGGAAACUUUGACAAAAAAGCUUCUAUCCGGAAGGUUGAACCACGAUAGCUUGACUCAUUUCGUUUACAGACCUAGCCGCUCCCAGCUUGGUCCUCCACCUCACCAGACGCCAACGACAAGUCCCUGUCACUGUCUUCGACUGUUCGCAUUGUUGGCUAUUGCAGCGUCUCCACUCGCUGUUAAUUUUAGACCUCCAAGGCUCCGAAGUUCGUUAUCGGGUCCUGUGACCUGCUAUCCUAGCAACCUCGCUCACUCGCUCCGGUGGCCAGCCUCCAGACAUUGCUCUAGCAUCCCGAUCUCUUGAACUCCUGGUGUGCUAGAUCCGCCACUGCGGGCAAUGAGGUCUGUUUGGAAGAGAAAAAUUUUCAGAAGUGUUGAUUCAAUUCGAGUCAAACCAUUCUCUGCACUUGCACAGCUGAGCUAUAUUUCAGAUUAUUCUAGUUCUGAUGGAGAAAAUUCAAACAGUAAUUUCACCACAACUGAUUUAACCCAAGAUUGUUCUGAAGUAAGCUCAUGUGGGGCUGCAGAAAUGCUUUACAAACUCAGAAACAAACCAAUUUCUGCAUUAUCAUAUUUCCGGAAAAUGAAGGAGCGUGGGUUGAAGUGCAACGUUGAUACCUUCGUGGCAAUCAUUCAUAUACUUUGUCAUUGGGGUAUGGGUAUGAGAUUAGAUUCUAUAUUGUUGGAGGUGAUAAAAGCAGAUAAUGACAGUUUGGGUUUCAAUAUGGCAGAAUUGCUUGAGGCAUUGAUGGAAGAUCUCUAUAGUGAGAGCCCUGAUUCUAUAAUUCGGACCCUAGAUGCACUAGUCAAGGCUUAUGUGAGUUUGGGCAUGUUUGAUGAGGCCAUUAAUAUCAUUUUUACUAGGAGACGUGGUUUUAGUCCACAAUUACUGUCUUGUAAUUUUUUGAUGAACAGACUUGUUGGGUCUGGGAAAGUGGAUAUGGCUGUGGCUGUUUAUAAGCAAUUGAAGAGGCUUGGGUUUAACCCAAAUGUUUACACGUACGGAAUUGUGAUUAAAGCCCUUUGUAAAAACGGGAAUUUGGAAGAAGCAUCCAGUAUUUUUGGGGAAAUGGAGGAAUUGGGUGUAAUUCCUAAUGAGUUCACUUAUUCCGCGUAUCUUAACGGCCUUUGCUUGCACGGCCACUCAUCUUUGGCUUAUGUAGUGUUGCAAGAAUGGAAAAAGACGGAUGUACCCCUCAAUGCAUUUCCUUUUACUGUCGUUGUUCGUGGAUUAGUCAAAGAAAGGAAGUUUUCAGAAGCAAAGUCUCUUUUACUCGAUAUGGAAGAACAAGGUCUUGUCCCUGAUGAUUAUACUCACGGGGUGCUAAUUCAUGCUUAUUGCAAGGCAGGGAAAAUCACUAAUGCUUUGGAUGUCCAUAAUGAGAUGACUAGAAAGGGCAUUAAAACUAAUUGUGUGAUUGUUAGCUCUAUUCUUCAGUGUUUGUGCCAGAACGGGAUGACAUCUGAGGUUGUUGAACAAUUCAACAUUUUUAAGGACCUUGGAGUUUUUCUUGAUGAGGUUGUUUAUAAUGUUGCAAUUGAUGCACUAUGCAAGCUGGGAAAGUUCAAAGAGGCUUUGAAGUUGUUAGACGAGAUGAAGGAUAAGCGGAUGACACCAGACAUUGUGCACUACUGCACUUUAAUGAAUGGUUAUUGCCGAAGCGGACAAUUAUUUGACGCAUUUUCAUUAUUUAGUGAAAUUAAGGAAAAUGGACUGGAGCCAGAUGUGGUUACAUAUAAUGUCCUUCUAGGCGGGCUUUCCAGAAAUGGUUUGGUUCAAGAGACACUUAGACUACUGGAUUAUAUGAAGAAACAAGGUUUAACACCGACCACUGUUACAUAUAAUGUCAUUAUUGAGGGUCUUUGCGUGGGAGAUAUGGUGGAGGAAGCUGAAUUAUUUUUUGAUAAUCUUGAGUGUAAAUCCAUAGAAAACUGUGCUGCCAUGAUAAAUGGAUAUUGUCGGUCGGGGAAUACAAGUAAAGCUUACAAGCUCUUUCUAAUGCUGUCCAAACAAGGUAUGUCUAUAAGGAGGAGUUCUGGCAUGAAACUUAUGACUGCCCUUUGUGUGGAAGGUGAAUACAAUCAGGCUCUAGGAAUAUUUGAGAUAGUACUGUCUUCUUCAGGCAAUGCCCCGUGUAUGUCGAUGUACAACCAUAUCAUAGCUGCUUUAUGUCGUGCUGGGGAGAUGAAAAAGGCUAGGUUGAUGUUUGAUAAUAUGUUAUGGAGAGGGUUAACUCCUGAUGUAAUUAUUUAUACCAUGAUGUUAAAUGGUUAUUGUAAAGUUAACUGCUUACAGGAGGCACACAAUCUUUUUGAGAGCAUGAUAAGUAGGGGAAUAUCUCCAGAUGUGGUCACCUACACAGUUAUGUUUGAUGGUCAUUCUAAGGGUUUAACAGGGACAGGGUCAUCUUUCCAUGCGGGGGGAUGGAACAAAAAUGACAAAACUGUUCAUGCUCUCCAGUGUGAAAUGAAGGAGAUGGGGUUGACCGCUGAUGUAAUAUGCUACACCGCUUUGAUAGAUAGUCAUUGCAAAUCUGAUAGCCUUGAAGAGGCUAUUCAGUUAUUCAAUGAGAUGAUUGAUAGAGGUGUAGAACCCGAUAAUGUUACAUACACUGCCCUUCUGUGUGGAUUUUAUAGGCAUGGGCGUAUAGAGAGGGUUGCCAGUCUCGUGAAUGAGAUGAUGGAUAAGGGAAUAGAACCUGAUAAUCAUAUGAUGACAUUAUGCAGUGACUUGUUCAAGGCCAGAAGAGUACGAAUUAAGUGUAAAACGUGAGGAUCUCCUGUAUCUUGCUAGUUGUGAAAAACUUUCAAUGACAUAUGCUUCGAAGUUGUGUCAUACAACAACAAAAUAUGUCAUUACACUCUACUCUGUCUAUUGAAUUAUCGGGCUAGAAGGGAUGAGGGGAUUAUCAUCAUUCAUGGAGUAUGCAAUUAGUGGUGCUCAAUGGGUGUGUCGAUAGCAUGGCAUGUCUCCUCUAUCGCUGGGGCGCCCAGUAUGGGUAUGGGUGAGCUACUUGCCAGCCAGGAGACUCAAAGACAGGAACGAAGAUGCGUUGUUUUGAUCUCAAUGAAACAUAUAACACAUUUUAGCUGUUUAGAAGAAGAGAGGUCAUUUUCUUCAUUGCUAGUGGACUUCCUUACCAUGUUGCUUGAGUUUGUGUUGCAAUAUUUUUAUUAUCAUUUUGUUCGUCAGGGAAAUGCUAUUAUUGCAUUCGAAGGAUGUAAACAUGCAGGACCUUGAAAAGCAGAGAUAUAUAAAUUUACAUUGAAGCCCAGAAAAGGUUUGCUAAGAUGGGGAUUUCUGAUGGGAAGCUUGAUGUGAACAAUGCCUUCUUAAAUGGAGAACUUGAAGAAGAAGUAUACAUGGUUCAGCCCCCUGGAUUUGUACACUCGGAUACAUCUUUAGUCUGCAAGCUUCAUAAAGCCUUAUAUGGCUUAAAACAAGCCCCAAGAGCCUGGUUUCUGAAACUUACAUCUGCAUUGUACAGUAUUGGCUUCAAACAAUCAAAAUGUGAUCCUUCUCUUCUUGUCUUUAUUCAAAACAGUAUUACAGUCUAUGUUCUCAUCUAUGUUGAUGAUAUUUUAGUCAUUGGAAAUCAUACUCCUUCUGUUGACAAUCUUAUUCAAAAGCUGAACUCUUCAUUCUCCCUAAAGCACUUGGGAAAUAUUGACUUCUUCUUGGGUAUAGAAGAAAACUUUCUCUCUGAUGGCAGUCUUCAUUUAUCUCAAACAAAGUAUAUCAGGGAUCUUCUUCAAAAAGCAGGGAUGACUGAUUCAAAAGGCUUGCAAACACCUAUGAUCAGUUCCUGUAAACUAACUAAUGAAGGAACUCAGGCUGUGGAAGAUCCUACAUUCUACAGGUCCAUUGUAGGAGCCCUUCAAUAUGCAACUCUCACAAGACCUCUUCAAUAUGCAACUCUCACAAGACCUCUUACAUAUGCAACUCUCACAAGACCUGAGAUCAGUUUUGCUGUUAACAAAGUUUGCCAAUUCAUGGCACAACCUCUUCAACAACACUGGAGAGCAGUUAAGCGUAUACUCAGAUAUCUAUCUGGUACUCUUAAGCAUGGCCUUACUCUCAAACCAGGAAACUCAAACACACCCAUUCCUAUAAAUGCUUUUUGUGAUGCUGAUUGGGCUUCAGAUCUUACUGACAGGAGGUCAACCUCUGGCUCUUGUCUCUUUCUAGGACCUAAUCUUGUUUCGUGGUGGUCAAGAAAACAAAUCUGUGUUGACAGAUCUUCAGCUGAAGCUGAAUAUAGAAGUCUUGCAGAUACAACAGAAGAAAAAAUUUGUGUCCUCAUGUCUCUCUUAAUUUGAGAUGUAUUGUUUAUAUUUCAUGGUGUAGAAAAAUGUUACAUUAUUAGAAAAAUGUUACAUUAAUUUUCUGAUUAGAUUGAUGUACAUAUUUAGUCGGAUAGACUUAGUUAGUUGUAGAUAAGCUCAUAGUUAUCUAGAUCCUAAUUUUUAGGAUCUGUACUAGCUAGUAGUUAUCUGUACAAAGUGUAUUUAUACUCUGGCCGUAUGGCUCAUUCAAUCAAGGAAGUUUUAUUCCUAAAACUUACAUGGUAUCAGGACAGGCCGUUUAAACACCACAAUGGUGAAAACCGAGCACUCUGACUCUUCUCCCCACUCACAAACCCAUAACCCUAACUUCCAAAAUAGCUUAAUGACAAACUACCAGACCUCAGUUCAUUCAUCUAUGCUCAUUACUGGUCAUAGAUUGAAUGUCACAAAUUAUCUCGAAUGGUCACAGUCUGUCAAGCUGGCUAUUGAUGGAAGGGGCAAGCUAGGGUACAUAACUGGUGAAAUAAAGGAGAAACAAACUGGUGAUGAUGGCUACCGUGUCUGGAGGUCAGAAAAUUCCUUGGUGACAACAUGGCUUCUAAGUUCAAUGGAUGCAUCAAUUGCCAAACCUCACAUGUUCAUGAAAACUGCAAAGGAGGUAUGGAAUUCCAUUAAGGAAACUUACUCAGAUCUUGAGAACUCUUCUCAGAUUUUUGAAUUAAAAACCAAGUUAUGGCAGUCCAAACAAGGAAAUAGAGAUGUCAUCUCUUACUAUGAUGAGAUGGUAUCCCUAUGGCAAGAGUUGGAUCGGUGCCAUGAUGAUGAGAAGUGGGAGAGUGCCAAGGAUCUAGCAAGACACCAAAAAAGGGAGGAAAAUGAUAGGAUCUACAUGUUCAUAGCAGGAAUUAACAGAGAUCUAGAUGAAGUUAAGGGGAGAAUACUUGGAAAAAAACCUCUACCCUCUAUUAGGGAGGUAUUUUCUGAAAUCAGGAUGGAGGAUAGCAGGAAGAAGGUUAUGUACAACAUUCCAGUACAUAAUGAGGAAUCUGGGAGCUCUUCAGCAAUGGUGGCUAGGAGUGAUGACAAGAAAAAACCUUGGUGUGAUCAUUAGGGAGACUUGUUGGAAAAUUCAUGGCAAACCACCAGGAGCAGGAAAGAAAAAAACUUAGAAGGCCCUACAAACAACUAUGAUUGAGACUCAACAAGAACCACAAGUCAAGUUCAAUCAGCUUUCAUUCACUCAGGAGCAGAUAGGGCAACUUCCUUAAUUCCCAGAAAACCCAAAAUUUCCAAAAAGAAUCCAAACCAGAAUCUUCCUCUUGCUCUUAUGCCCAAAAUGGUACCUAUUCAUCAUUUUUUGUUCUUGGAAAUCUAAAAAUUCCUGGAUUAUUGACUCAGGGGCUAUUGAUCACAUGACCUCUAUUUCAAAUCCUUUUCCUUCAUAUAAACCUAGUGCAGGGGAUAAAAAGGUUAAGGUUGCAGAUGGUUCUCUAUCAGCCAUUGCAGGGAUGGGAAAUAUUAGUAUUUGCUCAUCACUGAAUCUAUCCAAAGUCCUUCAUGUCCCUAAUCUAUCCUGCAAUCUUGCUUCAGUUAGUCAAAUAACUAAAGAUCUACAAUGUUGUGUUAUUUUUUAUCCUUUUUAUUGCAUUUUUUAGGACCUGGCAUCGGGGAAGAUGAUUAGCAGUGCUAAGGAGGAGGAUGAACUCUAUAUCUUUGAUGGAGAAACUCAAUCAAAUAAAAGAGGUCCAAGAAAUGCUUGUUUGCAAACUGUUUCUUUUUCAAUUAAUAAAGAUUUAUAUUUACUUCAUUAUAGACUAGGACACCCUAGUUUCUAUUAUUUAAAAAAGAUGUUUCCUCAAUUAUUUCUGAAUAAAGAUGCUUCUUUGUUUAAUUGUGAUAUGUGUGCACUUGCAAAACAUCACAGAAACACUUAUUUACCCCAUAGUUAUAAACUUACUAGUCCUUUUAACUUGGUACAUAGUGACAUUUGGGGUCCAUAUAGAAUACCAACUUUAAAGGGAAAGAAAUGGUUUGUCACUAUUAUUGAUGAUCAUACUCGUGUCACAUGGGUAUUUUUAAUCAAAGAAAAAUCUGAAGUUGAGAAAAUAUUUAGGGCAUUUUAUGCUAUGGUCCAAACUCAAUUCAAUACCAAAAUUAAAAUGGUAAGAAGUGAUAAUGGCCGUGAAUAUUUUUCUUAAACUUUAAACAACUUUUUUACUGAAAAAGGCACUAUCCAUCAAAGCUCUUGUGUCAAUACACCAACUCAAAAUGGAAUUGCAGAAAGGAAAAAUAGACAUUUGCUUGAAGUCACUCGUGCAAUCAUGUUUUCAACAAACAUACCAAAAUAUUUGUGGGAAGAGGCAGUGUUACAUGCUACUUAUUUAAUUAAUCGCAUGCCAUCCAAAACUUUAGGAUUUAAAAGUCCUAUCAGUUCACUACAACACUUCUUUCCUACAAUCAGAUUGGUAAACACCUUUCCUUUAAAUUUUUUUGGUUGCACAGUGUUUAUAAAAAAUCCAGAUAGAUCUGCAAGUAAGUUUGAUCCUAGAGGAAAAAAUGUGUUUUUCUAGGUGUUUUUGCCAUUAAAAAAGGGUAUAAAUGUUUUGAUCCUACAACCAAAACAAUGGUUGUUACUAUGGAUACUUUUUUGAUUCUUAUCUUUAGGGGGAGAAAUUAAGUGAAGAUGUUCCAAUAGUGUCACAUAUUCAUGAAAAUCUUAAUUUUCUUGAUAUUAAUCUGGAUGAUAAUUUCUUUAGAAAUAUGAGUACACCUGAAAAUGAUCAAGAAAUAAAAAAUAAUGAAGUAAAUCCAACUGAACCAAUUGAAAAGGAUCAACAGACAAGUCAGUUCUUUGGAAAAGUUAUGAGAGAAGGGUUAGAAAUCAAAGAAUAGAGGAAGUCCAAGAACCUACAACUGUCCAUGAUUCUGCCUCAAUGCCAGGAAGUGAAAAAGGUAAUACUUCUAGCAACUUUGACCUUCCAAUUGCUCUCAGAAAAGAGAGAAGAACAUGUGUUAAAUACCCCAUCUCAAACUAUGUUUCUUAUUCUAAAUUGACCCCAGAUUUUGCAGCCUUUGCUUCCAAAUUUCCAAUAUUUCUUCUGUUUCUAUUCCCUCAACCAUACAGGAUGCUCUAUCUAAACCUGAGUGGAAGAAAGCUGUUUUGGAGGAGAUGGAGGCUCUUGAAAAGAAUCAGACAUGGAAGCUUGUAGAGUUACCUAAAAACAAACCUACAGUUGGUUGCAGGUGGAUUUUCACUCCCAAGUUUAAGGCAGAUGAAAGUUUGGAGAGGUAUAAGGCAAGACUAGUUGCCAAUGGUUACACACAGACCUAUGGAAUUGAUUACACAGAAACCUUUGCACCAGUUGCAAAGUUAAACACUGUAAGAAUUCUUUUAUCUCUUGCUGCCAAUUUAGACUGGCCAUUGGCCAUUACAACAACUGGACGUGAAGAAUGCUUUUUUAAAUGGGAAACUUGAAGAAGAAGUGUACAUGGAACCUCCUCCUGGGUUUGAAAAUAAGUUUGGGUCAAAAGUUUGCAGAUUAGAGAAGGUUUUAAAGAGCCUGGUUUGACAGAUUCACAAAGUUCAUAAAGAAGCAAGGAUUUAAUCAAGCUCAAGCUGACCAUACUUUAUUCAUGAAGUUUUCAGGUAAGGGGAGAUUGCAAUCUUAAUUGUCUAUGUAGAUGAUAUUAUCCUCACAGGAAAUUAUCACACAGAGACUAAAAGGUUGAAAGACAAACUUGCUCAUGAAUUUGAGAUCAAAGACCUAGGAAAUUUAAAAAAUUUCCUAUGAAUGGAGAUAGCUAGAUCAAAGAAGAGUAUUGUUGUCUCACAAAGAAAAUAUAUCCUAGAUCUUCUACAGGAAACUGGAAUGAGUGCAUGUAAACCAGCAGACACUCCAAUUGACCCAAAUCAGAAACUGAGAGAUAUCAAGGAGGGAAUUCCAGUUGAUAUUUACCAAUAUCAAAGAUUGGUGGGAAAAUUAAUAUAUCUGGCACACACAAGGCCAGAUAUUGCAUUUGCAGUAAGUAUGAUGAGUCAGUUUAUGCAUCAUCCUCUCCAAGAACAUCUUGAUGCUACUUACAGGAUUCUGACAUACCUGAAGAGCUGUCCAGGGAAGGGAUUGUUUUUCAAAAAGGGAGACAAUAGGACAAUUGAAGCUUUUACUGAUGCAGAUUAUGCUGGCUCAAUAUAUGAUAGGAGAUCUACUUCUGGAUACUGCACUUAUGUAUGGGGAAAUCUAGUAACCUGGAGAAGUAAGAAACAAAAUGUGGUUGCUAGAAGUAGUGCAGAAUCAGAAUUCAGAGCUAUGACUAAUGGAAUAUGUGAGUUACUCUGGAUCAAACGAGUAAUCAUAGAACUAAAGAUGGAGAUUAGGCUGCCUAUGAAGUUAUAUUGUGAUAAUAAAGCUGCUAUAAGCAUUGCUCAUAACCCUGUGCUACAUGAUAGAACUAAGCAUAUUGAAGUGGACAAACAUUUCAUUAAGGAGAAGAUUGAAGCUGGAAUCAUUUGCACGCCAUUUGUAUCCAUUAAAGAUUAAACAACUGAUAUCUUCACCAAAGGGUUAUUUAGACCUAUAUUUGAGCUACUUAUAAGCAAGUUGGGAAUGCAUGAUAUAUAUUCACCAACUUGAGGGGGAGUGUAGAAAAAUGUUACAUUAUUAGAAAAAUGUUACAUUAUUAGAAAAAUGUUACAUUAAUUUUUUUAUUAGAUUGAUGUACAUAUUUAGUCGGAUAGACUUAGUUAGUUGUAGAUAAGCUCAUAGUUAUCUAGAUCCUAAUUUUUAGGAUCUGUACUAGCUAGUAGUUAUCUGUACAAAGUGUAUUUAUACUAUGGCCGUAUGGCUCAUUCAAUCAAGGAAGUUUUAUUCCUAAAACUUACACAUGGUUAAGUUUAAGCCUGAUGUGCAUUUCUAUGUAGCACAUUAGGAUUAUUCAGGUUUUGAUUUAAUCUUUUUCAUGAUUUUAUAUUUGAGUUUUUGCUUUCUUUUUCUCUACUGUUGAUACUGCAGGACUGUGGUUAGUUUGGUGCAUCCUUUUGACCUUUCUAAGGGGGAAAUAUCACAUUAUGUUGAUAUUUGUAAAAUAUUUUUAAGAUUGUAUGACACUCACAUUAUUUUAAUGUUUGUCAAUAACCACGGAUUAAUAAGAUCUGAUUUUUUAUUGUACAAAGCCUAGCAUUUACUUUAUAAGUCCGUAUUGAUAUUUGUAGUAACUUUGUUGCCAAAUAGAGUAUGCUUUAAUGAGAGGUAUUGGAAUGAAAAAAUCUGUGAUUAGAUAGAUUUGUCAUAUUAUUUGCAUGUAGAUGAAAAAAGACAAUAAGAGUCGAUCAGAUUGAGCAAAUGUGAGAUGUUUUACGAUAUUAGUCCUCGAAAUUUAUUAAAUUAUGCCAUUGUUGAAUUAAUUGAAUGAUAUUAUGAGUGUUUUUUUAGUUUGAUGUUGCUCUAUUUGUGAAAAACUAGUUAAAGUAUAAAUAGAGCAACUCAUUCCAGGAAUAUAUUUUUAGAAUUUCCACAUAAAACCACGACUACAUUUUCCUUGGAAAACAUUUCACAAUUUAUUUUCAUGGGAAAAUAACAUCCCAUUGUGAUUUUUAUUAUUUUUCAGUUUUCAACUAUAAUUCUUCAUGUUGAAUUAAUUGAAUGAUAUUAUGGAUCAUCAAUUUUUUCAUGUCAAAAAAAAAACUAUAAUUCUUCAUGGAUCAUCAAUUUUUUUAGUUUAACUUUUUUUUUGCGAACUUAAUUGAAAGGAAAGUGAGAACUUAAUUCAGGGACGGAGGGAUUAUGAUAUUUUUUUGUAUAGGAAAGUGAUGGUUUAGAAAUAGUAGAAUGACUUAGUUUAUUUGACCCUUUUCCCUUUGAAUCCCAGGCUUUGAUAAAACCUCACUGUGUUUGAACAUUUACGUUCCUAUUCUUUCCAUUUUUAGGAAGUUUGUCACAUUGUUUUGUGUUUUUAUGGCUUACCAUAUGCUAGCUAGAUUUAGCCCAAAAGCAACAAACUUGGUCUGGUGGGGUGUUUUUUUACAAAUAACAUUACUGAAGAUGACACUUAAAAUCCAAUUUACAUCCUCCCAUAUCAUCUAACUGCCCGGUCGAUGUUGGAGGGUCCUCAGGGAUGAGGUGUCAUCAUUUUUUUGUUGAAGAUGACACUUCUCUCCCGGCCCUUGGGAGUGGAGAAGCACCUUUGCUGUAUUGGGAAAGAUCUUCUCGAGCCACUGGUACUACUUUUUUAUGCCAUGAGCUAGUCUCUGCAUGGCCUGAGGGUAUUUCUGAUAAAGACAAUGAAGAGGGUGCUAUGUAGGCAUCAUUAUCUCCAUCUCUUCAUUGCAUUGGCUCAGUUUCCCCUUUUCUUCUACCUUGGAAAUAUUAGCAUUAAUUGGUUCUUAUGAGUUAUGAAGACAUCAACUGUAUGCAUAUAUGCCUCAUAGGCAGUAACACAAGGAGCAAUUUGCUUAGAUGAGAUUUUAUUCUCUUUUGUACUGUAUUAUUGUUUGGUUCUUUUAUGAAUCUAUUACAUUGUAUCAUCUUUGCCCAACAAAAUGU